UUCACAUCCGAGUAUCCCCCGUUGAAUGACCUGUUUUCCGGUGGCCGGAAUGAAUCGAAGCUCAAUAAAGUACGAACGCUAUGAACCUCCGGAGUCCACUCACUUUCGAUUCGCGCUGGAAGUUCGUUCUCAGGAUCUCGAUCCGCGUAGUUUACAAAUCCCGAGAUAUCGUUUGGAGUUUCCAAAACACAGGAAAUUGUGCGCGUGUGUUCCUUAUCGGAAAAAAAAUGUGGAAUACAGUUCUUCUGUAUGGAUUAAGUGUUCUGAUCGUGGUUGGUGUGUAUUAUCGAUGGUCCCGACGGAAGGUGUUGGCUGCUGUGGCCCAUAUGAAUGGACCACCUAAGGUGCCUCUGCUUGGACAUCUAUAUUUGAUGAAAUUCACAUCACCAGAGCAAAUCUUCCAUCACCUCACCAGUUUGGCCGGUAGCCACCAGUCUCCGAUGUGCAUCCAUUUAGGACCCAUCAUAGCCGUUUGCGUCUACAAACCGGAACAUCUUCAAGCCGUACUCACCUCGCCACACUGCAUCAGCCGAGCCUUUGUGUAUGAUUUUUUUCGCGUCAGCAAAGGACUGUUUUCCUCUCCCUCUCAUAUCUGGAAAGGUCAGCGAAAGGUUCUUAACCAUUCAUUCGGACCGGGUAUCCUGAAUAGCUUUGUAUCGAUAUUCAACGAAAAGAGUGCCAUUCUGACAACCAUGAUGGGUCUCCAUGUUGGCAAAGGAGAACGUGACUUCACCCGCGAGAUUGCAAGGUGUACCUUGGAUACGAUUUAUUCCACGGCAUUUGGAUUGAAUUUCGACAUGCAGCAGUCUCCGGAAGGAAAUAAGUACCUUGACUUGCAGGAAGAGUUCAUGGAAUUGGUACUGAAGCGCAUGUUUUCGGUGACUCAUUACAUCGAACGCAUCUACCGGAUGUCAAAGGAAUACAAGAGAGAACAAGAGAUUCUCCGCUACGCUCGGAUUUUAACAAACCGAGUUAUGGAGGCCAGGAACGCUGACGAAAUUCUGUCUGGAAAGGUUGCGAUGAAUCAGCCAGAAGUGCAAGAAACGGAUGGUAAAAUGCCGCAAAUAUUCCUCGACAAGCUACUAGAGUUGGCUCGGGAAAAUAAGCAACAUUUAGCGGUAGAUGACAUUUCCGAACAUUUGGACACGAUCAUAUUCGCCGGCAAUGACACGACCGCUACCACGAUGAGCAAUCUGCUGCUGAUGAUGGCAAUGCAUCCUGACGUACAGGAACGAGUCUAUCAGGAAAUCAUGGAGGCUUGCCCGGAUGCCGAUCAACCAGUAUCGAUCGAAGAGACUACGAAACUCGUGUACACAGAAAUGGUGUGCAAAGAAACGAUGAGACUGUUUCCGGUAGGGCCCGUCAUUGGACGGGUAGCAGAAGCCGACAUCCAACUGAGCGAUAAACACGUGAUUCCUGCUAGAUCGAUGGUUUUUUGUGGCUACUAUAUGGUUCACCAUGAUUGUGAGAUAUGGGGCCCAAAGGCAAACGAGUUCAAUCCGGACAACUUUCUACCGGAGAACAUUAGCAAGAUACAUCCCUACGCCUAUUUGCCAUUCAGUGGAGGCCUGCGGAACUGCAUAGGAGUACGGUACGCGUGGAUUUCUAUGAAGAUCAUGAUUGUGCACAUACUGAGAAAGUACCGUUUGAAAACAUCGCUUACGAUGGAUAAAUUGACCCUCAAGUUUUGCGUAAUACUCAAAAUUGGCAAUGGUUGCUUCAUCAGUCUGGAGAAGAGACAGUAAAACAAUUAUACCCAAACGCAUGCAAACAAGCGGGAUGAAGUUCCCAUCGAAUGUAGUAAAUUUAUUAAUAAAUUAGAUAUAUCAAACGCACUUACAGAGUAUAAAACAAACAGUAGGGCAAUCAGUUGUAAAUUCUCAAUCAUUUCGCCCCAUCAACGUAGGUACUUAGUAGCAGCACGAAGAGGACAGUACUAUGUUAAUACCUGCAAUGU